UGCAAGUAAGCGGCGAUCGUGUUUUAACGCUACGAGCAUCCACAGCAAAGAGUGCGAAGUUAUAUUUCCACAUACCAUACGAAUAUGUUUUGAUUAUGGAUGAGAUAUAGCCAUUCAACAUACGUAUCUUCGGGCUACGCAUGUUACUCUGGUGAAGAGAGAUCAUGUGCAUAGCGUCAUAAUGCAAUAGAUGGAAUCGGAUUUUUGGCCACUGCGCUUCUAUAAUUCUAUGUGCAAGCCCCCUAUCCUUUAAACAGCCCACUAGAAGAAGUGGCUUGAACGUACUACCCAGACAACGCUCUAAAGAGAUUCUUACAUGUAUUUAUCCAUGCACUUUUUUGUUUCCUGUAUGGACUUACGAAGUAAAUGAAGAUAUACAAUGUGAGGCAGCUUUCGAAACUGUUACGAAAUUGCUCUCCGCUAUUUGCGCUUACGUUUACCAAAUUAAACUUUUUUUUUAAUUGGCAAGAAAUACUCUAAUUUGAAAAUUGCAGCUGCUUUUUGUCACCAACUACUAGCUCAGGUUUUCCACGAUCACAUUAGUUAUUAGAACGAGUUAUCGGCUUUAGUAACAAUUUAAUGUACCACACGACUUUUACUUUAGUAAUUAAUAUAGCUGGCCAUGGGUCAUUAUAUAACGGAUAUAUCAGCAUUGGAAAAAAGAAAAUGUGGUACAUGUUGUACGUAACACGGUUCAACAUUAUGGGGAGUGUACCUUUCAUCGUUGCCGUAGUCAUAGGCAUCCAUGUGAAAUUUUGUUCAUCACAUGAUAUUUCACAUUUAUCAGUAGAUGAUGUCACCUCAAUGUUUGGAGAUAAUGAAUGCAUUGAAGGUUCACUCAUCGAUUUUCAAGCACCUUCAACCAUGCCUCCAACAGCUUUUGCAUAUGAAGAUCUUCAAGCAAUGCUGAAGAAGUUAGGAGGAAGAGUUGCUCAGGAAUGGGCACCAUCAAUAUCAGGCAUCUAUAGUUCAUUCUUAUCAGAAAACAUGCCGGAAACAGGGAUGUAUAAUGAAACAAAAACAAAGACAAAAUCAGCAACAAAAUCAACCAGAAGUGAAUACAGUGCUUCAGACUUCAGUGGAAAAACACCUAUGUCAGUUGUCAAUGAGCUAUCACUUUUAAUGAAGGUUCGACCUGAGUACUCUUUGAUAGAUAUGCAGGGACCACCUCAUGAGAGAACUUUCACUGUUAGUUUAAAAUUUGGAGGUGAAGAGUAUUCAGCCUCUGGUUCAAGCAUUAAAAAAGCACAACAGUUGGUGGCAAAUAAGUUUCUUCAGCACACACUUUAUCAGCAACCUCUACAGCAAUUGGCUCGCAAACAACAAAUGCGUACAAGUAAUAUUGGAACAAAAACAGCAACAUCCAUAGUCUAUGAAAUCGCAGCCAAGCAGAAAUUAUCUCUCACUUUUGAAGUGGAAAGUCAAACAGGUCCAGCGCAUAUGCCUACAUUUGUGACAAGAUGUGUAUUGGGGGACAAAAUCUCAAGAGGACAAGCCAACAGUAAAAAGUUGUCAAAGAGAGCAGCAGCUGAGAAAAUGCUGGAAUUAGUGCAGUAUAAUGAGUCAUAUUCCUUUCUGUCAAACUCAAUGAAGAGGAAGUCUAAGAAGAAGCGACGUUCAUCUCAAAAGAAGAGAAGAACUCGCAGUAUUCUCAGUACUUUUGAACAGAUGAAUCCCAGUUUUCGGGCAGAUAAAACAAUUGCAGCAGUAAUGAAUUCAGAGUUUUGGGAUGUUUCCAGUGACAACAACAAAGGUUUGAAUCAAAGAUUGGCAGCAUUUGCAAAGCAGCUGGUGAAGAGUGGAAGUUCCUUUCUUGAUGAGCCUACUGUGAAGUCAACACUUACAGACACAACAUCUUCCACCUUCAGCCCCAAAUCACAAACAUCACAGGACCAAAAAGUUACUGCAAAACACACGUUGAUGCAAGCAGCUGAUUUAUUGGAUUUUAAAGUUCAUUUUGUAGAUUUGCCUAAGCCUAAUGAUGAAUUCUUAAGUUUGGUAUCAUUGGCAACAAACCAGCCUUCACUUUGUCUCGGUGUUGGAUCAACAGUUGAUGCCUCACAGGAACAGGCUGCCCUGAGAGCUUUGAAGGCCUUGUGGAAACUGGAUGUGGAACAAAUCUCGUCUAACUCUGCUCCCAAUAAAACGAUGGGCUGGGGAGACUGGUUUCAGUGGUCAGAAGAAAUGGUGCAAAGUGCUCGGAAUGCCUUCCACAUUAAAUAAGAUAGUAUAUUCAUGUCCUUGGUAGGUUGUCAUAUAGUUACACCUAAAAACUGUUGGUGAAUAGUUAUAAUUCUUGUUUUUCAAUUUACUUGGAGACAUAACAUUUGUUUCACUAAAGAAAAUAGUUUUGUAUGAUAUUCCUGGACUUACAUAUGUCAGAGCUGAAGAAGAAAAAAUUUACUGCAAGUUAGAAUGAAUUAAUUUGUAGUGUGCUGGAGAAAAUAUAUUUUUAUUUAGAGUUUUAACAUACACAAUACGGUAAAACUGUCAUUUUGGAAUUUCAUAUUUCCUGUGUAAGUCAACUAAAUGCUGACGUUCUACAUUUGUUGACAAGUGCAAUUUUCAUGCAUGUUUUACAAGCAUAUUAGGCAUUUUUCAUAACUGUGUUUAUAAAUGUUUUGUACUUUAAUGAGAAGUCAUGUGCAAUUAAAUCACAUAAUUUUAUUAAAAUGUUUAUCUUUCA